CGGAAUGAUUUCGUAGACGCACACAUCGCAAUGGCAACAAUAUGUAGCGAAGCUGGAGACGAAAUAAACGACCCGGGCGCUGCUCCUUAUGGAAACUUCAUCAACUACUACACGUUUAACCCUCCGGAGAAUCGUCUGAGUCUGAUCCCCGCCACACUGGUGCAGGAUCUUGGUUACAGUCGCGAUAAAGACACGCUGAUUCUGGACGUGGGCUGUAACUCCGGAGAACUCAGUGUAGCCUUUUACAAGCACGUGGUGCCUGAAGAAGAGUCCCACCGGAGGACAGUUCACCUCCUGGGCUUUGACCUGGACGAGCGCCUCAUUGAGCGCGCCCAGCAGACCAACCCUCACCCCGACAGCAUCACCUUCAUCCCCCUGGACAUCACGGGGGACGUCGGGCGGCUGCAGGAAUUCCUGACCCGGCGCGGCUGCCCCCGCUUCCACCUGUGUGUGUGUCUGGCCGUCACCAUGUGGGUCCACCUGAACCACGGGGACUCGGGCCUGCUGCGGCUGCUCUCCCGCCUGGCCUCCCUCAGCCAGCACCUCCUGCUGGAGGCCCAGCCCUGGAAGUGCUACCGCUCGGCCGCCCGCCGCCUCAGGAAGCUGGGCCGCUCGGACUUUGACCACUUCAAGGCCCUGAAGAUCCGGGGAGACUUGGCGGGUCACGCCCGGCGGCACCUGGAGGAAGACUGCGGCAUGGAGCUGAUCCAGAGCUACGGCAGCACCUCGUGGGACCGUCAGCUGCUGCUCUUCAGGCGGAUAUGAGAUUCUCGGGGGCAAUGUUUCCACUUCCUGACUUUAGCACGACAAAAGCAGCAGUGGGAUCUAUCAGUCGAUCCACUUUAAUCCACAGAUUAAAAAAAAUAUAUACUGCAGACCUGAAGGGCCAGAAACCGAAAACCACUUUCAUCUGAAUGCAACAGAUCAUUUCAACAUUCACACAGUAAAACGUGUUUUUAAACCAUUUGAAAAUCUGUUGCAUCCUUUAACAGAUUCCACUGAAAUCACGUGCCUUUAAAUCUGCUCAUUUGAGUUUUUCUGCCUCGUUUAAGGCUCUGUGACCCGAGCAUCUUCAACUUCUGUGUUUAAGAUGUUUUGAAAGACAACGAAUGGACACAAGUCAAAAACAGGAAAGAAGAUAAAGCCACAACAAAAUUAGACUUAGUCACAGACAAGUCUGGAAGUUUUCACAGGAAUUUAGUGAAUAAAUUGUCCAACUUGGCUUAAAAAUAGAAAGACAUCAUCUGUGUUUUACCAGAGCAUUUACACAGAUUACAAUCCAAGAAAAUACAGCGGCAUCAAUAAGACGGUGUAUUUUUCAUCAUUUUAAUUACAGAAUACUAAAAAUAACAUUACAUAAAAUGUCUUUUUAAAAGGAACCAUUGAAUAUUACAAAGGUUGUAAAUUUUGUAAAGUUAGGAUAUAAAAUCUUUGAACUGCGAUGCAUAAUUGAAAAAGAAAAAUAAUUUUCAUAAAAUGUAUAUAUUAACUGUUCUACUACAUAAAAAAAUGAGAUGGACAACUUGCAGACAGACGAGAUGAGUCGACACCGCCAUUACUGCAGUGAGCUCUCCUUUUGAAGGAAGAAAAGACUUGAGAUGCACAGCACACAUCACAAUCAACUCAAGUUCUCAAAUGAUGCUCAUUGAAAAAGAACAAAAGGGCGGGGGAGGGAAGGUGGGGGGGUUAUCAUUUACAACUGAGAAAAAAAAAAUCAACUCAACAGACUGCAAAAAAAAAAAAAAAAAAAAAUUGGUAAAUGCCCCCAAUAUUCAAAAAAAACAAAAAAACUGGCCUUGGUUCCGUUAAAACACACCUUUUUCCACAGGUUCAAGCUGUACAACAAAGAAAAGAGAAGAAAAAAAAAAUUAAAUCAUUCCACCAGGACCGGGAAAUAUGAUCCGGUGUCUUUCAGUCUCCUCACACAGCCAUAACUAUAUUCUACUGUACACCUGGUCAGUCAGAUCCACUGAGAGCAACCGUGGUCGCAGUCUGAUAUCAGGAAGUCAACCUUAAGUAAGCGGAAAAGACUUUACAUAGGAAGGGGCGGGGGGCAGAGGAGGGGAAACAUGCAUUAUCCAACAGUGUGCUUGUUGCUUUCUUCCUCUUCUGAGUUCUGCGUCACCCUGUGUCACUUCGUCAUGAGCCCUUUGUUGCCGAGCUGUCGUCAGCACCACAGAAUCGCUCAGGAAAAAAAAGGAGAAAAAAAAAAC